AUGGACGAGCCGCCUUCUGGCUCUAUCUCGCCCUUUGUCCCGCCUGCAUCUAAUGACGUUCCGAUGGACAAGCCGUCUCCCGUCUCUAAACCCGGCUCUUCGCCUCCGAGCACUCAUCCCCGUCCGACGAUGGCUGACGUGCUUAGCAUGCAAGAACACCUUCGCCGAGGCUGA